UGAACUGAACUACCAGAUUAGGAAUCAGGCUGGAAUUCGAAUUUAAGCGCAGAUCCCAAACAGCGAGGAAAAGCUAAUUCUUAGAGAAAUCAUCAAAAAAUCUUGGAAAGCUGCCUGGAAGAAAGGAUACAUCGUGGAGUCCCUGUGUCCAUCAAAAUGGAAAUGUCCAACAGCGAGAUGUAGGGAAAUGAAAGAGAUUUCGAAACGGGUAGUCACUUCCAAAAUACAAUCCAUUGAAUGAAUUAUGCUAACUCAAGUACACCCGGUUCCUCUUACGGAAGAAAAUCUGAAGAAACAUCAAAGAGAGACGACAUCAAAUAGAAUAUCUUUGAAGAAUACCAAAAUAAGAUCCAAAAGUGGAAAAAGCCUUCGUUCCGCUGGUGACGGUGAGAGUAUCAAGUUUUACAGGGAAGAAGCGCUAAAUGCCUCGCUUGAUGAUCAGCAAGGUUGCGAAAAGGAAACGUUUCCAGAAGUGGAAUCAGAGGGCGACUCAAAGACAAAAAUUGCUCAAGACAUGAGUGAAGACAAGAAGACAAACUCCCAGCCGGAAACUGCUGCAAACGAGGUAGAAAGAAAUCGAAAAGCUGAUAAUUCAGGUCUAACUAAAAAGGAAGAAUUGUCCGAAGAAGAGGAAAACGAUAAGCUUUCUGGCAACAUUGCUUCAAACGAGGUGCAAACUAAACCAAAAACUGAUAAUUCAGCUCUUAAUGACAAGGAGGCAUUGUCCGAAGAAGAGGAAGGCGAUGUACUUUCUCAAAAGGAGAGGGGAAGCCAUGAACACGGCAGCGAGAACGCUGAUGAAUCUGAGAAGGAACUGGAUGAAACCGAACAAAAAGCUGAGGGUGACGAAAAUGAUAAUUCUGAUCAAUCUUCGGAUGAAUCUAGUUCGGUUGAUAGCGAAAGCGAUGUAAUUCCGGCUGCCGCUAAAAAUGACGAUAAAAACACUGAAGACACUAAUGAAACAGGUACAUCUACUCGAUCAUCUUCUCCAGUAAGUGAGGAUGAUGACGAGGACGAUGACUAUUCAGUUGAUGAAGAUGACGAUGAAACUGAGGACGAAGAGGAGGCUGAAGAAGCUGACAAAAGUGAGGACGAGCUGACUCACUACAGCAGCAGCUUGAACGCCAGCGUAAGUAGCAUCCCUACUCUCUGUGACGACAGAGAAGGGAGUCCCGAAUCGCCCAACAAUUCCGCUGAGGAGUCAACUCUAGAGAACCCUGGCCAAGAAGAAGACGAAGGCGAGAGACAGGACCAAGAGACUGAAGCUGCCGGAAACGUGGUCACUGAGGGAGAUGAAAUGAAAGUAGACGAGAGGCAGGAAGGUAGCGAAGAGGAUCCUGUAGCAGGAGAAUCACCCAUAGAUAAAGAAGAAGAAAGGGGUCACAACACCCCUCCGCGUAGUAGGCAGGUCAGCGGAAGGUCGGCAACGCCUCGGACUGUUGUGGUAAGCGAGUUUGACGAUGUGGAGAGCUCGAUAUUUGAUCGCCGAGAGCUGAGCCGACCGGGCAGCAGCUCACGGAAUGCGUUAACUUCCACGCCGAACAGUAGGAAAUCUGAUGUGUCAAUCAAAAACUGGGCUGGGUUUGGUGAACGUGGCCAUGUAACUAGUAACGUGGAAGAUGUGACAGAACUUGUUGAUUGCUCGGUGAAAGAAAACGUUUGCAAAAGAUUGAAGACUAGAAAAAUGCGAAACGCCAAGCAAGGAAAGACAAAUAUGAACAAAAGAAAAGUACUUAAUCAGCAGACUGCUUUACAAAGAACAGGAAAGAAAAUCGGUGAUGUUCAUUCUAAAGGGAGACCUCAGCUAGCAAGACAGAGCUCGCACAGCAGCGAUAAUUUAGACGCGUUGAACACUCGACAACGAAAAAUAACUCGCAAAACACGAAGACCAGUGAAGCAAGUUUCUUUUGACAAUUCUAUCAUUGAAAAUAACACCAAAAUACCUACUAGUGAUUCUGCCUUCUUUGGAAGUCGAACAGAGAGCAGGGGCGACGGUAAAUCAAGUACAAAACCUCCAGAAAGCGAGCGCAGUGACAGAGUUAGCAGCCGGUGGACUGGUGCGGAGACCGAACGAGCCUCCUCUACAAGCACACGGCCAGUAAGUACGGUCCAGUCUCCAUGCAGUACUUUGUCCACAAGUCAGUGCUCCAGGCAAACAUCUUUGGUUGAUGUAAUGACAACCGUCAAUUAUCCACCAGCUGUAAUUUACGGAAAGAAGUCACAGCUUCCUUCUAUGCGUCCACGGCGACAUGGCCCACCCAAAAAUAAACCCAAGAAGAGCCAAUCGGCUAGCUCUAAGAUGACUACCAAAACCACGGGUGGGGAAAGUUCAAUGAUGAGGCGCGUGUUAUCUGCUAACAAACACAAAGUUUCAAGACUUUACAAUAUCUUAGAAGAACUACAGCAAGAGGUCGAAGAACUUAAGGACGAGAAUAAAUCUCUGAAAAGAGUGAGCCAUCGACAAGAAAAGCAAAUUAAGAAAAUCGACGAAGAGGAAGCAAGUUUGCCCAUUUUGCUUCAAAGGCACAGUGCAGAGAUGAGAACUUUGAAGGAGAGAAUGAGAAAAAAUCAAGAAGUUUUGCACAAGAAAGAAAGAGAGUCUAAAGAUCGAGAUGCUGAGAUUCAGAAACUGCGUGAUCAAGUGAAAAAUUUCCGUGCGCUAUCACAGGAUAGGAAACUAGAAGAACGAGCGGCUUUGGCAAAAAAACUGGAGAACGUCCAGGACGAAAUAGCGACAAAAGACAAAAAGAUUUUGGAUCUACAGAAAGCUAUCGCACUCAAAGACAAGGCAAGACAACGAGAGAUGAAGGACCAAAAAGACCGUUACAAGCAGGCCAAAGAAGAAUUAAAACGUGUCCAAGAGGAUUUUCGUUCGCUUCGAGAAAGACUGAAGGAAAAAGAAAGAGAACUGGAUGAGAAAAACAUCUAUCAUCAACAUAUUGUGCAGAAGAAAAAGAGAGGCCCAGAUUUACCAGCCCUUCCUGCGGGCAGCCAGGACAUUCAUGCGCCCGCUGUUACUGCUCCAGCGGUUCACAUUGAAAAAACACCAGAUACGAAAAAGAAAAGAACAAAUGUGUUUCUGACAAAUGCGGCGAGUGACUCUGGUUCGGUUGUAACGGAUGAAGGGAGGGACACAGACGAGAAGUCUGAAAAAGUCAGCGUUAAACAUGAACAUCCCGUGGUUUCUAAACAGAUGAGACAUGAUGAGGUUUUCCAAGUUGAUGGGAAGGAAGACGAAGGGAGAAAAAUGAGAGACCCUGAGGAGAGAAGAAGACGCGAGGAGGAAGCGGACCAGAGACGGCGCAUGGAUGAGGAAGAGCGCAGAAAAAAAGAGGAGGAAGAGAAACGAAGGGAAGAAGAACAUGCACAGAGAUUGCGAGCAGAGGAGGAACAAUUAAGGAAACAACGGGAGGAUCAGGAACGCGCCAGGAAGCAAAAGGAAGAAGAAGAUAAAAAACGGUUUGAGGAAGAAGCUGAGAUUAGACGGAAGAAAGAUUUGCUGCUGGCUCGCAUGCGAGCAAUUGAUGUGGGAAACGAGAAGCCAGACGCUGUAACGGCAACCGGAGGCACUUCUGGUGUCCCUGUGGAAGACAAACCUAAAAAACUUCCGAUUUUCCUUCAGAGUGAGAAGCCUGUGAAAACAGAAGAGGAGCCUUCGAAGCCUCUAUACGCGGCAAAUCCAGAUGACGAUGUUCUGUCCGAUACUAGUAGCGGCCGAAAAAAGCUCAGUGCAAGCUCUAGACAAAGCCGCUUCUCUUACGAUUUCAAACAAACUGUAGAAAACCUUCAUCAUGGACUCCCUGCGCAUGCUGCACAGGAAGGCGUAAAGCCAGAGGCCCAAAAGCCGGACACGAAAGACUCUCUGUCGGACGAUCUAAGUUUCGGUUCUUAUAAACCUACACUGGGCAGGAGGGCUGCUACCAAAAGAGACAAUAAAGACGAUUUGAGUUUUGGAGGGUACAAUCCUUCAUUUGGUUCGCAAAAAGAGACAACUCGCAAAAAUAGCGGUCUUAAUUUUGGCGCCGGGAAGAAAAACGCUACUGAAAAAGAACAAAACGGUGUCAUCUUUGAGGAUUAUAAUCCUUCGUUUGGAGCAGCGUCAAGUAAGCCAGCAGCUUCUAGCCAACCAAACGGUGAUAUUGGAGGAAAGACAAGCCCCCCACGUGGUCGCAGACCUAGAGCUCACGGUGGUAAACCAGCUUCUUUGUUUGACGACGAUCUUUUUGCAAACGAGGAAGUCAAACCUACGGGGAAUCCUCUGUUUGGAGACAGAUCCGUAAAAAAGGACACAUCAUCUUACCCGUGGGAAAACAAAGUAAAUGUUACUAGAUCCAAGGAAUCCCAGGAGGAUUCCCUCCUGCCUCGCAGAAAACAUUUGCAAAGUAUUGGAAAGAGCACAGAGAAAAAUGUUCGCGCCGUGGAUAAUGCGCUGGAUGAUAUUGAUGACGAGAUUGAGGAAGUUAUUCUAUAAAAAAGAGUUUUAAAAAAAUAAUCUAGAUUAUAUUGUACACAAUUAUUUGAGAAACGCAUUACCUUUCGCCUACAAGAUCUUCGGACAAUUUGAGAAGUUAGCAUCUGACAUUUUUUUUGUUGUCCAUUUGCAAGAACUUCCAUUAAUUUUCUUAAGUAUCGUUUGUUAUUGAGGCUAAACUCGAAGGAUGUCGCGUUUUUAUCGAAGACGUAAAUCUCACCAAUAAAAAUAUUUUCUCAUCAAA